AUGACAGGUCCUUUCUCAGCCUUCCCUACGCCGCCUCCUGCACAGGGAUGGCCUGCCCUAGAGAAGCAAAGUCUCACCAAGCAGCGCAGCAGCAGUAAAAGCAGUAGCAACAGCAGCAGCAGCAAACGGCGCAGCAGCAGCAGGAGAAGCAGCAGCAGGCUCCUGCGCACAGCAAUGAAAGCCUCAACGCAGGCCGCACACUGGGCGAGGUGCAGCAGCAACUACCGCCACAGCAGGAGCAGCAGCAGCAGCAGCAGCAGCAGCAGCAACAGCAGCACGAGCAGAGGCCGGGGCAGCAGCAGCAGCUCACGUAAGAGCUCCACGCGACGUAGUAGACACCAUGAGGAUCAGCAGCAGCAACAGAAGCAGCAGGAACAGCAGCAUCAGCAGGAGCAGCAGCAGCAGGAGCUGCCGAAGCUGGAUCGCCUGUGCCUUUCCUCUUUGUCAAAUUCGAACAGCAGCAGCAACAGCAGCAGCAGCAACUCAUUUGCUGCUGUGAGACCUGCUGCUGCUGCUAGCAGCAGCAGCAGCAGCCGCCGGCCAACGAGUUUGCUGCGCCGUCUGCGGGCUUUGGAAGAGAAGCUGCUGCAACGAGAUCCCUCUGACCAGCGCCUUGAAACCCGCAGCAGCAGCAGCAGCAGCAACAGCAGCAGCAGCAGUAGUAGCAGCAACGACAGCAGCAGCAACGGCAACAGGAUAAGUAAAGACAGCUGCAGCAGGGUUAUGGCUGCUUCUGGCCGGGAGAUCUCUAGAAUGCAAGAGCAGCAGAAAGAAUCGACAGAAGCAACGGCAGUAACUGUUGCUGCUGCUGCUGCUGCUGCAGCAGCAGAGAGGAGCAGCCCCCACUGGAGCCACCUGCUUAAGACAGCCGCAAGCAGCAGCAGCAGCAACAGAUCCAGCAUCGAGGGCUUCAAUGCUUUCAGCGGCUGCAGCAGCAACUGUUGCAACAUCAGCAGCACCAGUUGCAGCCACAGCAACAGCAGCAGCUGCUGCUGUUGCUGCAACAAGAUGACGCUGAGCGCAGCAGCACCUCGUGCCUCCCGUCCUGAAGCAGCAGCAACAUCCAGCGAUCCAGCAGGCGUACUAGCGCAGCAGCAGCAGCAGCAGCAGCAGCAGCAGCAGCAGCAAGACCUGCAGGAGCACGGUGUGCUGCUGCCGAGUAAAGUACAGAGAUCACACAGAAGACGCAAGAGCAGCAAAAGCAACCGGCGAGAGCAGCAACAGCUGCUGCUGCUGCUGCAGCAGCAGCAACAGACGCUGGAGCAGGAGAAGAAGCUGCUGCUGCAGCAGGAAGUUCACCAAAAGGACAGAAGCAAGAGUGAGGCCUCCGAUAGCCUCAGUUUCCAGCAGCAGCAGCAGCUGCUGCUGCUGCAGCAGCAGCAACAGCAGCUAUCCCUGCUGCUUCGCCAGAGCCAGAAGAAGCUACCGCUGCAGCAGCAUGAUAGCUGCGACAGGCACACAACUCCCUCAACAAAGAGAGACAAAACAGCAGCAGCAGCAGCAGAAAUAGGAGGAGCGACACCAAGAGCAGCAGCAGCAACAGCAGCAGCACCAACUGCUCCUGCUGCUAGCCUUAAUACUCAACUCUCUAUUCUGCAUGAAGACCUCCGCACGCUGCGCGAGAGGCUGCUGAAACCCCUUCGUGAGGCUCGUGUUGCUGCUGGCGAGCAGCAGCAGCAGCAGCAGCAGCAGCAGCAACUGCAGCAGCAGCAGCAGCAGCAGCAGCAGCAGCAACUACAGCAGCAGCAGCAGCAGGACAGCGUAGAGGGAGUUUCGCACUCUGCGGGUAUUGAAGAUCUGCUGCUCUCAAAGGGGCCCUUAGGUGCCUCCUGGGCGCCGCAAACCCACUUCUUAUCAUUGAGCAGCAGCAGCAGCAACAGCAGCAGCAGCAAAACAACCGCUGCUGCUUUGUUCAAUCUGCAUAGUCAUGCGAAGAACAGUGGAAGAGAGGAAGACCUGGAGGGCUCCAGCCAACAGACGCAGCCGCAGCAGCAGCAGCAGCAGCAGCACGUGCUGCUGCAGCAAGAGCGAUUUGACUCUUCAGGCAACGCAGCCUCUGCUUUCAAAAACGAUGCAGCAGCAGCAGCAACACCAGCAGCAACAGCAACAGCAGCAGCAGGUACUGUAUGGACCGAGACAGAAGGAGACGCUGUUCCUUCUCUGCUUCGACUGCAGCAGCAGCAGCAGCAACAGCAGCUGCAGCAGCAGCUAGCCAGCAACGAAGAGCCGGAUUUGGCGUUGCAUGCAACAGAUCACCUGGGUGUAGGGGAGGAGCUCUGCUGGAGAUCCCUGCAGCAGCAGCAGCAGCAGCGGCUGAAGACGGCAGCAGAACCUUCUGCUGCUGCUGCUGCUGCUGCCGCUGUUGCUGCCGCUGCUGCUGCUACUUCUGUGGCCGCAAGGCUGCCACCGUCUUGCGCUGCAGCACGGCAGCUGCCUAGCAGUAAGGCAGUUGCUGCUGCAGGUGCAGCACCCCGAAGUGCAGCAGCAGCAGCUGAGAGAAUCGAUAGGUUUGCAGGCAACAGUGCAACAGAAGCAGCAACAGCAAAGGAAGCAGAAAACGAUGCAGCAGCAAAGAGAACAACAGCAGACUCCGGGGCCUCCCCACAGCAGCAGCUUCACAGGCGGCCGACUGCAGCAGGUGCUGCUGCUGCUGCCGCUACUACUUCUGCUGCUACUGCUGCUGCUGCUACUGCUGCUGCUGCUGCGACUGAUGAUGAGCCUUGGUGUAAUUUGCCUCAUGUGGUGUCUCGGCAGCAGCAGAGGCGGAGCCCCGUUCCUGGCUGUCUGCGGUCUCCUGCAGCAGGCACUGCAGCAGCAGCAGCAGCAGCAGAUGAUGCUUCUCUUCCUACGCUGCUGCUGGCGUCAAGGCAUUCACCAGAAGCAGCAGCAGAUGCUGCUGCUGCUGCUUCAGGACGGCUGGGCCGAGCCGUCACUUUCGUCUCAGCGCGAGAAAUGAACCAGCAGCAGAAACAGCAGCAGCAGCAGCAACAGCAGCAGCAGCAACAACAGCAGCAACACGCUCAACCUGUUCCCUUCAAGAGAGCUGAGGAGAGCACCCUCCAACAGCAGCAGCAGCAGCUGCUGCAAGAGCAGCAGCAACAACAACAGCAGCAGCAGCAGCAGCAACAGCAGCAAAAAUGUGUGGCAGCUGUGUCUCCUGCUUACCACCGCGUUAGAGGUCGGCAGCGACAGACGAGCAGCAGCAGCAGAAGCAACAACAGCAACAGCAGCAGCAGCAACAGCAACAAUAAUAGCAGCAGCAGCAACAACAACAACGACUCGCCGCCGCCUCAGCACCUCUCUGUUGCUUCAGGGCCCCCAGCUACAGUGACAGCAGAAGCAGCAGCAACCGCAGCAGCAGCAACCGCAGCAGCAGCAAACAUUGGAGUAGCAAAGAAAGCAGCAACAGUGCCAGCAACAACAACCGCAACAGAAGCAGCAGCAGCACCGCCAGCAGCAGCAACAGAAGCAGCAACACCGGCAGCAUCUACGGCAGCAGCAGCAACACCAGCAGCCUCUGCAGACCAGUCAGUCCUCUCAGAGCCCGUAGCAGCAGCAGCAGCAGCACCAGCAACAGCAGCAGCAGCAGUAGCAGCAGCAGAAGUACCAACAGCAGCAGCAGCAACAGCACCAGCAGCAACAGCAGCGGUAACAGCACGAGAAAGAACAGCAACAGGAGAUUCACUUGCGGCUGUAGAAGUAGCAGAAGCAGCAACGCAUCAGACUGGUGCAGCAGCAGAACCAGAAGCAGCAGCAGAGGGAGCAGCGGCGGCAGCAGCAGCGGAGGCAGCAGUAGUAAAAGCAGCAGAAGAGACAGCCGCAGCAGCAGCAGCAGCUGCUGCUGUCACCAUGCGCAGGCCACCAACGGCGGUACGCCAUUGCCGAUCUUGGGGAGGCGAAGGCAGCAGCAGCAGCAGCAAUAGCAGCAACAGCAGGCAGGGCAUGCAGCUGCUUGCCGACCUUGCAGGUCUUACGGAUGCUGCUGAUUUGCUGCUGGCAGCAAUUGGGGGCGAAGAAGAGAAGCUGCUGCCGCUGCUGCAGACAGCAGCAGCCCCCAUGGGUGCUUCAAGCAGCAGCAUAACCAGCAGCAACAGCAGCAGCACGUGCCCUGCCCGUCAGCCCGAAGCAUUUCUGAACGAUCAGCAGCAGCGGGAGCAGCAGCAGCAGCAGCAGGAGCUGCAGCAGCAGGUGCAAGGCCUCGGCCAACAGCGCGCAGCUCAUCAGCAGCAGCAGCAACAAGAGCCGCAGCAGCCACAGCAGCAGGAGGAGGCAGACCUACAAGAGAACAUGCAGCAGCUGCUGCAGCGGCAGCUGCAGCAGCUGGAGCAAACAUCACUGCUGCAGGGGGGCAGGGGUGGGGCCCCGUCGUCUUCCCCAGGUGUAUUGCCAGCUGCUGCAGGCAUUCGCUUUGCCUCUUCUCCUUGCAGCAGCAGCAGCAACAGCAGCAGCAGCAGCAGCAGCAACCGCAUUGGCAGCCGCUUCAUCAGCGACGGGCAUGCUGCUGCCUUUGCUGCUGCUACGCCGCCUGAUGCUGCCUUUAUAGAAGCACCAGUAACGAUCCCCUGCUGCAGCGCGGCCACCCCACACCUCUCCCCCACGAGUCUUCAGCAGCAGCAGCAGCAGCAGCAGCAGCAGGAGACACGAAUGCAGCAGCAGCAACCGCCCCAUUUGCUCCCGUGGCAGCUGCAGCAGCACCACCGCCAGCUUGCACUGAAGCAGCGGCUCGGAGAGUGGAGACAACAGCAGCAGCAGCAACAGCAGCAACUGCUGGAGCACCAAGGGAAGCGGCAGGAAGAUGAUGAGGAAGAGCAGCAGCAGCAGCAGCAGCAGCAGCAACAGCAGCAACAUUUCCGCGAGUCCUGGGCGAUGCCUGCGCUGAGCAGCGGCUCUGCAGGCAUUUCACCGGCUUCCUUCGUCAUGCUGCAGCAGCAGCAACUGCAGCAGCAGCAACUGCAGCAGCAGCAAAUGCAGCAGCAGCAGCAGCUGCUGCUGCAAGGCAUGCGGGAGAGGCAGCUGCUGCUGUCUCCCUUUAGUGCUGCAGAAGGAGACAAAGACGGUUUGCUGGGGCCCUCUAGCUAUGGUGUGGGUGAUGUAGGGUUAUUAACAACAGCAACAGCAACGCCAGAUGCUGCUUCUGCUGCUGCUGCUGCUUUCGAUUGCGGCCCCCUUUCUGCUCCUUCUGCUGCUACUGAUGCAGGAACAGCAGAAGCAGACGGAGCUGCAGCAGCAGCAGCAGCAGCAGCAGCAAACCCCAGUAGGCCGCCUUCUGAGGGAGAAGUGCAGCAGCAGGGAGGCCUUCGGAGCAGGCGUCCAGGUGUACGUACGCCUGACGUAGGCGAAAUCGCAGCAGCAGCAGCAGCAUCAGAUGCUUCUGCAGCAGGCUGUGCGGCAACACCUGCAGGGCCUUCACCUGGAGCAGCAGCAGCAGCUGCAGCAGCAGCUGCAGCAGCAGCCAACGCCGGAGGUGCAGCAGCAGCUGCUGCUGCAGUUGCUGCUGCUGCUUCCAAAGCCCAGCGGCAGCAAGCCUUAGAUAGCUUUAGGCUGCUGCAGCAGAAGGCUCCUGCUGCGCUGCUGUCUCCUAGCGAGAGGGAAGAAGUGCAGCAGGCCCUGCAGCAGCUAUAUCUUGCUGCUUCGCAGAAACAGCAGCAGCAACAGCAACAGGAACAGCAGCAGCAACAACAGCAACAGCAACAGCAGCAGCGCAGCCACAGUCGUGCUCGUGCGUCUGCGCUGCGCAAUCUAAGAAAGAAUUUCGCUGCUGAAGCAGCAGCAAAACAACCAGCAGCAGCAGAACCUCCUGCAGCAGCAUCAGCAACCCCAGCUGCGUACACAGUGGAUACCAAUGAAAGCUUGCACCCUAGCAGCAGCACUACAGCAGCAGACGCAGCAGCAGCAGCAGCAGCAGCAACUGUUGCUGCAGGAUUGCUUCCUCCUCCAGUUUGGGAGCCGCAACAGACGGGUGUGCAGCAGCAGCAGCAGCAGCAGCAGCAGCAAACAAGAGGCCGUGCUGCUAAGCUGGGCCUUCGCUUCCUUGCUGCUGUCCGGGGGGCCCGAAGUCGCAGCCAGCAAAAGCAGCAGCAGGAGCAGCAGCAGCAGCAGCAGCAGGUCGAGCAGCAGCAGACGGCGCAGCAGCAGCAGCUGCUGCAGCAGCACUAUGCCCAACUUGCAUCCUAUGCACCAUUUGCUGCGGCUGAAGGCGCAGAGCAGCAUCAAUUGCAGCAGCUGCUGCCGGUGCUGCAGCAGCCGCAGCAGCACCUCAAACAGCUCUGGCACCAUCAGCAGCAGCCGCAGCAGCUGCAGCAGCAGCAGCUGCAGCAGCUGUUGCUGCCGUCUCCUAUUUCGAAUUGGGGCGGUCCUGCGUUAACCCCGCAGCAAUUUGAGUGCAGCUCAGCUGCAGCACUGUUGCUGUCUGGCUGCAGCGCUGCUGCUUCUGCUUCUUCACCAGCAGCAGCAGCACUUAAUGCUGUUGCUGCAGCUGAGACACAGAACGGCGCUAGCUGCAGUUUCUCUUUAGGAGGCCUCUCAGAGGGAAUACGACCUGCUGCUGCUGCUGCUGCGCUGCAGCGCAGCAGCAGCAGCCGCAGCAGCAGCAGGUUAACGGGGGUUGCUGCUGCAACGCCUCCAGCUGGUGCUGGCCACCUGCGUGCAGUGCAGCGCAGCAGCAGCAGCAACAGCAGCAGCAGCAGCACGAAGUUCUCCUUCAGUCGCCUCUUCAGAAGGAGACACUCCAGUGCUGCUGCUUCAACUUGGGGUUCUUUAGGCAGCGGUGCUGCAGCAGCAGAUACAACACCAGCAGCAGCAGCAGCAGCAGCAGCAAGUGCUGCAGCAGGAGACAUUUGGCCCUCCUCUCAGAGUAGCUCCUGGCAGGGGGCGCAGCCGCUGGAUCAGGCCCACCUCCAGGCACCCCCCAGCUUUGCUUCCGCUGCUGCUGCAGCAGCAGCAGCAGCAGCAGGCGACAUCUCUGUUCUAUAUCCGCAGCAGCAACCUCGUAUGCAUUUCGCACAGUGGGCGCAGCAGCAACAGCAAACAGCCAUGCCGCAGCAAGCCCAAUCCGCACUGCCGCUGCAGCAGCUACCGCUUCAGCUGCAGCAGCAACAGCAGCAGCAGCAGCAGCAACAGCAGCAGCAGCAGCAGCAGCAGCAGCAAGCAGCCGCUGCUCGAAAGCCGCGGCGAUUUAGUUCGCCUUUUCUAUGGGGCAGACGGCAGACAGCCCCUCAGUGCAGCACGUAG